GCCUCCUCUAUAUUUAGAAGUGUUUGGGAUUUCCGAUUAGACUAGGUUAAAUUAUUUUUAAAUAAUACAGCGUUAACUCAUCAAAUAAACACAUAUUUCUUACAGUUCAUGCUUACCAAAUAUGGCUUUUCGUCUUGGAAAACUUACAUUUCAACAGAGAUCAAAUUUUCUACCAUUUUCUCAUUGGGAUAUUGCUUUAGUUAAAGAAAAGGUAGGCCUGGGCCUGGUGUGUGGAGAAGUUGAAGUAGGUAAUAUAAUAUAUUUUAUAUAAUAGUAAUAGUUACUAAUAAUAAUGUAAUAUUAGUAAAUUAAUUAAUUAUUAAUUAAUAUUAUUAUUAAUAGUAAUCUAGUGUCAAGUAACAUAGUAGUAAAUCUAGUACUACACUAUUAUUAAUAGUAGUUAUUAUUUUAAAAAGUUUGAGUACCCGGUAUUUUAAAUUUAACUGAUUGGAUAGGGUACGAUUGUUAUUAACUAUUAAAUACUAAUCGACUAUUAAUACUGCUUAAUGCCAGGGUUGAAUAGUUUUAGUUCUGUUUUGUUAAAAGUAACAGUAAUAACAGUUAAGGCUGUAUUUUAAAAUUAAAAUGCUUCAGUAGCAGUUUUUUAAAACUUAAGUUUAAGCCUUACAAUUUUUUUUAAUUUUAUUAAUUGACUGUGACUGAUUGACUGAGAAUACAAUACAACAAAAUUUGUAACAAAUGUUGGAGGAAAAAAAAACAUUCAUUAUUUAUUAUUUGAGCAAUGGUGGCAGUCAAUGGUGGUAUUAGUGGUAUGUCCUUAUUAAGUCAAAUCAAAUUGUAUCUGGACUGCAGACAGGGCUACACUCCUUGAAAUUUAAAUCUGGCACACAGCAUCUGAUUAGCAUCAGCUUCACAAGCUUCACAUGAUGGAUACAAAUACAACACAGUAUUUUUAUGCUAAAGACUAAGACAAUCUCAAUUUUUUAAACUUCAUUGUAAAACGAAUCAAUCAUGUUUGCCCAGUUUCUAGACUAAUUUUAUUGGACUGACAAUUUAAGGUUUGUGGACCUGCAACGUAAGGCUUGCAGACCAACACAAGUCUAUUUAGUAGCAUUAUUGAGAGUCUAAAAUAGACCAAACUUUAUUAAAAUAACUACUUUAUUAAUUGAAUUUAUAAUAACUAUAAUUAUUUAUAGUUUUAUUAUUAUUAUAAUUUAGUUAGUUCAGCUUUGCACUUUUUUUAGUGAGGGGGGCAUCCAUAAAUAAUUGAGUGGGGGGGGGGGGGGGCUUUAAAAAAAAACUUUUAAAAAGUGUGGGGAGGUAUAUAAAUUCUGCCAAAGUAGCAUGACAUCAUUUUUUGGCCCUCAAGAAAGUCAAAUUUAUGUCAUACUCUGCGAUUAAGUUUAGUUAUUUGCUUCACACUACUGUACCAAGGCAGGCAUUUCAAUUUACCAGUACACUUAAUGGCUUGAGUUCAAUGGGCAUUUAUUUUCAUUCUAUAACUUAAUUUUUGUCUUCUUAUUCUGUUUUGAGGGCUCUCAACUUGCCACUUGUGUCCAGAAGAAGAAGAGUGUAGAUGCAGACUUCUGCCAUAAUACAGCAUACAACAGCUGUCCUAGUCCAAAGUCACUUGCUGACUGUAAAACACUUAUAUCAAUACUCUUAUAUCAAUUUAAAUCUGAAUGUAAAAUUCACUAUGGUUUCAGCGUGUUAACUUCUACAGGAGUUAAACAAAAUAAUUUGUGUAAAAGUGACUUCAGCUUUAAAAAACAAUAUUGUUUAGGAUAUAACCAAUUAAUGAUAAUGAGUGUAAAAAGAAAUUAUUGCAGCCAAGUUGGCAAUAUAAGUCAACAGAAAGAAAUAAAGAAGGAUAAAUCUGAUAAACAAGCUGGACAAUCUCAGGAAAAUUUGGCCAAGAUUCAAGAAAGAUUGAAAUUAUUAGUAAGUUAAUUUACAUAAUUACCGGUAUAUGUAACUUAUUUGAUGAGUCUAAAUAAUUAUAAAAAUUGAAGCUAUGUGCCUAUCUUUUACAUAUUUAAGAUAUUUACCAUGAAUAAUUUUUUAAAAGUUAACAAAUUAGUGAUUGGUGUUGAAGAAGUUCAAUACUAUCAUCACUGCGCAUGUAAUUUUUAUGUGUCACCAUCAAUAAUAAGCCAACAGAGAAUGAACACAUCCUAAUUCUAUAUAAAAAGGGAACCGAAGACUUUUCUAUCUUAAAAAAUAAUAUAAUUUCGGUGUAAACAAAGAAAUAUAUAACUUAAAUCUAUAUAAAAAGGGAACCGAAGACUUUUCUAUCUUAAAAAAUAAUAUAAUUUAGGUGUAAACAAAGAAAUAUAUAACUUAUUCUACAGUGCGACAAGUGGAAGCCUACUGAAGUUCAGUAUUACCUGCUGGUCUGGGAAUUCAAUUCUAACAUCAAACACCCACUAAACAGAAUAAUAAAAAAAGCUAGUAAUACCACACAAAUAAAACUGCCUUCGCAUGCAGAACUAUAGUAAAAUGCUUUUAUUAAACUAAAAAAAUUUUGGAGGUUCAUCACACCAUCUUCAUCACAGAUACCUAAGAUCAGCUAGAUUAGGGGGAAUUCUUUCCCUUAAAGUUAGGACGGAGAGAUGUAAAAAUUAUUUUGUUUCCAAAUCGAUCAGAAUAUACCAGCAUGCUCCCCCAGCUGCAGCAAAAUCUUGAUGAUUGCUAAUUAAGUCAUAACUGUCGCUAAAGGAGUUAAGUUUUAUGGUAUAAGAUGUUUGAUUUUUACACUAGAGAAUACUUUGUCUUGUGUUAAAACUGUUCAAGUUGUAAAUUGUUGUCUUUUUUAAAGUUUUUAUUUAAGUGCUGAAAUUUUGUAUAUGCAAUGUAAUAAGAAACAUUUCAAUUUAUUUGAAUCAUUGAAAGCAUCUUAUCUUUUCUAAAUUAAAGGCUUGUGUUUGUAUUCUUCAGGUGAUGGAUAUGUUUAAAAAUCAACAUGACUAUGGAGUUUUACACAAAGAUGUUGUUAUGGAAAACAACUUAUUUGGGGCAAACAAGAAAAGGAUGUAAGUUCUGAUUACCGGUACUAUAUUUUUGAUGCCUAUAUGCAUCCAGGGCUCAUUGAAACAUACACUGGUGAAAUUUAAGACCAGUUUUAAUUUAGCUAUAAAAUAUCCCUGGUGUUUUUGUUUUUUCCAGUGUGUUUGCCAUUUUUAUAGUGUAAAUAGAUUUUAAGAAAGAUAAAGUAUCAAUAUUUGCAUCAAUAAUUCGCUUACUUCAUAAGCAGUUCCACAUUUUACUUAUCUCAUUUUUUUUGUUGCUAUUCUGGUUUGUAAGAGGUGUAAUGGCAUAUGCAGUGGAGUUAAUGAAACUGCGAUUACGCAUCCACGUUCGCUACCCUGGUGCUUAUUGUGAUGUAGAAGACGUGAAAUUACUUGAACUUGAAGGAUCUCACAAUGUGAUCAGGAUACAGUGGAAACUUCGAGGUACACCAGUUUACACUUCCUUUGUGUUCUUAUUUCCUAAAGUUUCUUAAAUAAUCCAUCAGUCCUUAAUUCCAAAAAGAUCUUUAAAUUCAUGUGAAAUCUUUCUGUCCUGCCAUUACUUCAAAAAGAAAUAUUUUGCUAUGUUUUGAAAUACUUUGAAAUAAUUUGUUAAAACAUCAUCAUAAGAGCAAAAUCCAUUGGUCUUACAUGACAGAUAUUGUCUUUGAGUAGGUUAUAAAGGAAAUUAAAGUUUUUGGAUUUUUCCAUGAAUGAUGUCACACAAUGGGGGGGGGGGGUCAGAAUUUGUGAUAAGGUAUUAUGGGGAUGUCUUAAUUUGUGUGACAGAUUUUUGACGAUGGUCAAAUUAUGCCAUAACUUUGAGUAGGUUAUAAAGGAAAUUAAAGUUUUUGGAUUUUUCCAUGAAUGAUGUCACACAAUGGGGGGGGGGGGUCAGAAUUUGUGAUAAGGUAUUAUGAGGAUGUCUUAAAUUGUGUGACAGAUUUUUGACGAUGGUCAAAUUCUGCCAUAAUUUCAUGACGUUAUUUAUGGAUGGUUCCUAUAACAGCUGUGACAAUUUCUAAUGCUGGGAAUAAAAUUAAAUGUGUUGUCUCUUUUUUUAUCAAUAGGUGUUCCACAAAAGCACAUCAUCAAGUUCUGGAGGCUGCGAGAACCCUUCGUUCAUUCUGAUAUUGAGUAAGUUUGUUAGAGCUGGGCGGUUAUCAUUACAGAUAAAGAAUUACUGGCCUAAAUAUUGCUGCAUGUAAAUUUAGUCAAUUUUUUUAAUAAGGAAUAAACAGUUGGAACACAAGCGUUAGAUAGAACUCUUGGUGCACACACAAAUUUCUAAUUAUAAAAUUAAAUAUGUUUUCCCAUUUCAUAUUCUUGCAGAUAUCUAAAUGGAUUCUCAUACUUCCACAUUGGUAGUGAUGGCUUGAUACAUAAACAUAGGCUUGAAAAAGUUUCCCUGCAACGCAAAAAUGAAGAGAAAAUUGUAAAGAAAAAAGACCAUUCAGUACCAUUCUUAGGUUAAUUUUAUUUGGAAUGGAUGGUUUGGUUUUAAACUGGGUAGAUGUUGGAUUUCAAGUUAUUAAAUUAUUUUUUAUAUAACAUGGUUAUGUCUAUUUUGGAAUUUAGUGUUGGCGAUUGUAACAUUUCUGAGUUGUUGUUUUUUAUGUCCAUAGAUUCCAUUGUCCAUAGACACACACAUGAUAUAUUGCAUUUAUUGCUAUUUACCUACAUUAUUUUACAGUCUCGACCUAUUUCAUUUGUAAAAAAAAAAUGGAAAGUCAAUGAGCAGCAUUGUAAUUGUAUGUAAUAAAAAAAAAUCUUUAAUGU